AUGCCUGUUAACAUUCCCGAAAAACCACUUGAACUUCACCUUAGGAGAAAGAUGAUAAUUCAGAGUGUAGAAGUCUUUAAAUAUGCUUUGGAUAAUAUUUUGAUUCCAAAUCACGAUCAUGUAUCGCUUGCAACAGUAAUAGACGAAGAGCAAUCUGCAUGGUUACUGACACAUACUUCUCAAGAACAUAAAAUUGCUGAAAAAGAAAAUGCGAAAAGAAAUAGACAAUUAUCAUUCUCAGAUCAUUCGGAAGCAUCCGACAUCUUGAAACCAUUAUCAGAAGAAUUAGCAAGUAAAGGG